AUGACCGAGUUUUCUUCUUUGAUUAAGCUUUCGAGUUUCUAUGAUAUAUUAGACUGUCUCGAGUACCUAUUCAUUAAAGGAUGCGAAGGAUUAGUGCAUCUAAAGGUAGCGACAAUUUAUGGAGGCGGUGAGAGAUUAAGACGGCUUAAUGUCUAUAACUGCACCACUGUGAAGGUGAUCGACCUUCGCUCUGAACCCGCCAAGGAUUGGCUUCCAAGUCUUGAGGUUCUUUCGUUACAAUUCCUCCCAAACUUGUCCCACAUACGGAGGAAUUAUGCAUCGUCUAAAUCCCAUAGAAAUAUCCGUUUUUUUAAUAUAUGGUAUUGCUCGAAACUCAAGAAUGUCUCGUGGAUCCUACAACUUCCAAGGCUCGAGAAAAUGUAUCUAUUUUACUGUGAAGGGAUAGAACAUAUCAUAGGCGAAAAUGAUGUGGUAGAAGGAUCAUUCGAGCUAGUUUUUCGUAGUCUUAAGACUAUAUCUUUUCGAAAGCUUCCCAAAUUAAGGAGUUUUUCCAAUGUAGCAUCUUCUUUCCCUAUCCUUAAGACAUUUGCUAUGAUUGAUUGUCCACAGCUUAGGAAGCUACCGUCGACUGAUGUGCUUCGUCAGAUAAUCCGAUUGUGUACUGUAGUCGGGACUUGUGGGAGAACUUGGAAUGGGAUAAUAUUGCUGCAAGCUCGAGUUUACUCCCCCAGUUCAUAG